GUUAACUUUAUUCCGAGUCUCCCCCGUCCGCCGAAAGCACAGAGAGAAUUUGGUAUUCCACGAUUCCGGCCCGUCUAUUUCACCGGUGGCAAUGUCUCCAGAUCGGAAAAUCGAGCACGUCGCCGUGAGAUGAACCUGAAGUGGAAAGUUAAUCUGAUAGCAAGUAGAGCUCCCCACCAUGGUGCUUGGCAAUCAGUCCAUUCGUGAAACUCACUAUGACAUACUAUCUGCGAAGGAAGAUGCUAGCUACGAAGAUAUCCGAACAAGCUACAGAUCUGCCAUACUUAAUAGUCAUCCUGAUAAAUUACAAGCUACAUCUGAGUCGGGAGAUAGAUUCUUGAAGGUGCAAAAGGCUUGGGAAAUCCUCAGUGAUUCGAGGUCUCGUGCACUAUAUGACAACAUGCUAAUAGCUUCUAGGCAUGACACUUUUGUAGCCGAUGAUAUCAGCUUAGAAGACGUGAUGGCUGAAGAUGCAGGAGACGUCAUUCAGCUAUUUUACCAGUGUCGAUGUGGUGAUUAUUACUUUGUUGAUUCUCUGGAGUUGGAGAAAAUGGGGUAUGCUUUGUUAAGAGAUGGUAGCAAGCUAUCUUUUGAGGCACAAAAUGCUUUGCCAGCAUCACUAGUCCUUCCUUGUGGGUCUUGUUCUUUGAAAGUUCGUAUAUUGAUCAAUCCAGACGAUUUUGUUUCUAUUGAUCAUCAUCACUGAAUGUGGUGAUGAAAUAUCUAGUUUGAAAGACUUUAAAUACAAAAGCCAGCACAAAAUUUCGAAUGGUUAUAUUGUCAAUGGCAUGUGGAUGUGACUAUACGCAAAUAAGCAAUAGCUAUUGAGUUUUGAUUAAUUGAACUGA